CGACGCCUGGGAAACGGAGGGAGGCGGGGCUGAUGUCACGUUCUCUGGUCUGAUUGGUUCUCUGGGAGUCGGCUGAUGGCACGCGAAAAGAAGCCUCCGCUUACCGCAUGCGCAGUUGGUAAGAAUGAGCCUGGGGCAAGUGAGGGAAGCGGAGGCGGGAGUACGGCGCGUGCGCAGACCCAGGAGCGCAUUUGUGAUCCACCUUCUGCAGUGGUUCGGGUUACCCCAGAACGUUGCGGGUGGGAGGUCAGCGUUGAGGCCAGGGCGUGGACGGGCAGAGCUCCUCUGCAUGAGUCCCUCGGCCGGCUUCCCCUGGCCUGCAGCCCUGGCCAGAAUCUGCGCCGCGCCGCGGGGCCUCCGGCCUCGGGACAAGCAGGCGCUGCUCGCCCCAGCGGCGGCGGUCCCUGCGGUCCAGGCGGCCAGCAGGAAGGACCGCCCCGCUCUGCCUCCCCUGGAUGAGAUGGAUCUUGAAGAGCAGUUUGUGAAAGGGCACGGCCCCGGGGGCCAGGCCACCAACAAAACCAGCAACUGUGUGGUGCUGAAGCACGUCCCCUCGGGCAUCGUCGUCAAGUGCCAUCAGACAAGAUCGGUUGAUCAGAACAGAAAGCUCGCUCGGAAAAUCCUACAAGAGAAAGUGGAUAUUUUCUACAAUCGUGAAAACAGUCUUGUUUACAAAGAAAAACAGGAGGCAGAGAGGAAAAAGCAAGAGAGGAAAAAAAGAGCAAAGGAAACCCUAGAAAAAAAGAAGCUCCUGAAAGAACUCUGGGAAUCCAGUAAAAACGUCCACUGAGAAAGAA